GUAUUCCGGUUCAUGGAUAUACAAGAAAAUCAUGUGUCCCCAAAUUUAAUUGUCAUAAACUCUUGAGUCUAAGAUUUGGUAAGAUGGCAUCUUCAGGAAUUAAAGAAGACAAGUAUCGCUCCUAUUUGCACGGAGAGGGUGAGAAGAACACCAAAUGGAGAUUCGGAGCCCCUCCUAACUAUGACGUUGUCAACAAGCUCUUUGAAGAAGGCAGAACCAAGGAAUGGCCUGCAGGGUCGGUUGAAGAGCAAGUGCAGAAUCUUGUGAAGACAUGGGAAAUGGAGAUGUUCCACAAGACAUGCUUUGAGGACUACAAAACUCUAGAUCCAGACAAAUAUACUUUUAGCUUAAAUGGAAGGAAAGCUUUGACUUUGGAAGAGAAGCGCAAGCUUGGGGGAGGCUACAACUCCUUGCUGCAAACCUCCUUGCCCGAGAAGUUCCGGUGCUACAACCCCGCGGAAGAAACAGCAGAUUCAUCUCACCAGGCUUUUACAACUACUUUUCCGAGAGGGUUUGCUCUAGAAGUUGUCCGUGUGUAUUCUGGUCCGCCGGUGAUCGUCUACAAGUUCAGGCAUUGGGGUUACAUGGAAGGUCCUUUCAAAGGCCACGCGCCGACCGAAGAAAUGGUUCAACUCUUUGGCAUGGCCAUUUUUGAGCUAGAUGAACAAGAAAAAAUUGUGAGGGUGGAGUUCUUUUAUGACCGCGGAGAACUGCUUGGAGGUCUUAUGAAGGGUGUAAAACUGGAUAAUGUGCCGCCAGAAGAGGCAGCUUCAAGUUGUCCCUUUAUGAAUAAUACAGGCUAAAAGGAAAUUUCCAGUUAUAUAUAUAUAUAUAUAUAUAUAUAAGGAAAUAAUGGCUAAAAACAAAGCAUGAAUAAAUUCUCGGUUUGAUUGGUUCCAAGCACUUAUGUUAUUAUAACAUGAGGAAUAAAAUUUUGUCUUGUAUUUCUUCUAGCUGCUAUUUCAUUAGAUGAACCAGACAUUCUACUACUAGAAAACAUCUAUGGCAAUGAAAUGUACCUUAUUUUCAAAAUAGCAAAACCAGAAAAUCUUCAAAAUUA